UAUUAUACUUAUUAACGUAUAAUAAUUCGCUCCGCAGAUUGGUGAACACAGUGCUUCAAGAAGAAUUGAAGAGCAUACACGCAUUCACGCAAAAGACGCUAACGGUCGAACAGUGGAACGCGCAGAAGUCUUGAAAUGUAAUUUGGAAAUAAUAAUGAAGUAGAACAAAUUAUAUGUUGUUUUUAUUGGUUCCUUGCGUGUAAAGAAUUGCAAAAAUGUUGAACGGAAUAGAUAAUUUGUACACAGUAAGUGUGUCGGCCCCGGGUAAAGUGAUCCUGCAUGGGGAGCACUCGGUGGUGUACGGGAAGACCGCGGUGGCCGUCAGCCUGGGACUCAGGAGCUCCAUCGUUAUUAAGGAAGUAAACUGCCAUGUGGAGCCGACGAUACGCAUCCACCUGCCCUGCGUCGGGCUAGAAGAAACACUACCACUAGAGCCAACAGUCAGAAUUCUAUUCCAUCCUAAGUUAGAACCAGGUAUCACAGGGAAAUUCUCUUGGAGAUUGCCCGACAAAAUAGACCAUGAAAGUCACUUGCGAAGGGUGGAUGAAUUCUUGCACCAAAUCAGGCCAAACUUCGACGCAUUACAAAACAAUCAGAAGAACUCCUUACGCAGCUUCCUAUACGUUUUUUCUGGAAUAUUCGGCAGUACCACUCUCCCGGUCAAGUCGAUGGAGAUCUCGUUAGGGUCAGAGCUCACUAUCGGAGCUGGUACCGGCAGCUCAGCUUCGUUUGCCGUCUGUCUAGCAGGAGCGUUGAUCCAACUCCUCAAACUGAAGAUGUCGACGGGAUUCGACGCGUUUUAUGACCAAACGAGUGAAGACUUUAAUAUGAAUGAGAGAGAAAUCAUAUCUGAGUGGGCGUACAACUGUGAGAGGAUAAUGCACGGGAUCCCUUCAGGUAAGAAUAUUUGCAUAGCUUUUAUCCUUCUAUAUCCGCCUUUGAAUAUUCGAUAAAUGCGAAUAAUCUUUCGACAAU